AUGGCCGUGGCACAGCGGUCGGGAGCGAGAGAUCGGAAACGGCACCUCCUCACCCUUCGCAAGCGGCGCGGAACUGCCUCGUCCACCGUCUAUCUGCGCCCGUGUCGAGACCCAAUGCAUGUCUCGCCAGCCUACAUGAUCUUCGUGCGAUGGGGCGGCUUCCCUCACGGCGUACGGCGUACAGACUACAGACUGGCGCGCAGGACGAGGAGCAUUGGAGGCGUGCAGGUAUGUGGCAGGCUCGGGAAUCACAUAUGUACGGAGUACAUGAGUAGUGCCUUUACUGGGACUGUGGUGAGAAUACCCCGGAGUACUGUCGUGCUCCUGAUACAUCGCUACGAUCUGACCUCGCCGCAUACUGUUGGUAAGGUAAAGCUUAUCUGGUGCGACGGGGGAAGCUCGCUGAUCGUCUGGACUCUGGAGGUCGAAGGUCGUGCUUUGUAUACUAUGUACUACCGCGACCACUCUCCUCGGCGUCCUCGUCCUCCUCGAGCCUCGUACCCGACAGCUUCUCACGGCUGCAGCGUUGGGAGUGGUAACACAUACAGUGAGGAAGACGAGCACAGCAUGCGCUUCUUCGAUCGCCAAGCGGCUGGUGUUCACUACGCCCAUCACUCUUCGGCACCUCCAGUCGAUACAAGCCCCAGCCCCUCCCCGACCCAUGGAACCAUGGGUAGAACAUGGAGCCAAAAGGAAUCCAGGACUGAACUUCCCCUUCAGGCCCAACCGCCAUCCAUUGCCAUGCAACUCCUUCAACAGCGUGGUAUUCGAUUCUCCGCCAUUAUUCCUAGUAGUAGUAGACUAGUAGUAAAACGUGCCAGCCGUCGCCACGCCCGCCUCAUCUGCCAUCCCAGCUCGCCCCUAACGUUUCGUUUCGCUUCGUUUCCUUUUCUUUCCCAAGCCCAUGCCCCGAGCAAGAACAACCGUAGAAGCCCGCAGCAGCAGAAACUAAACGCAAGUGCGAGAUGGGACGACGCCCGCUGCAGGACAUCCCAGCCUUAA